GCGGGUGGUUACGAUUCGGGCAGUUUUUCCGGGCAAACUAGUUAUAGUUCUACGACGUCCAGUAUGAUUGAGGACAUUUCCGAUAAAAUAGAGGAGAUUGGCAAGUUGGACACCAACAUCCACUCGCUCAUGUAUAAAUCGGUUGAGGUGCAUAACGAUAUUUUGUCACUGGAGGCAACCACCAAUCGCCUUUUGGCGGAUACCAAGAAACUCUCCGAUGACCUUGACGACGUCCGCUAUUUGGAUGAACUGAUAACGAUACUGAACGGCGACAUUGGGCCUGUUAUUCAUCGUGAGUGGCCGUAUCAAAUUCUGUUCGAUACACCCGAUAGAGGAAGGCACUCCGGUUACGUGAAGCGUGAAACCGAUUACCACGAAUCGGUAAAAUUCUGCAUGUGUUAG